AUGUCUUUCAAACAGUUCCUCAUCGCCGGCUUGCUCGUCGGCAGCCAGGCCACCACGCUCCCUCUGAGACGCCGCACUGCAGGUUCAACCGCACCCAUGGUCGCCACAGAGUACGGCACGGUAUUCGACGUCGAGGCGACCAUCGGCGGCCAGAACUUCUCGCUGCUAGUCGACUCCGGCAGCAGCGACCUAUACGUAAUGGAGUCCAACUUCGCCUGUAUCAACAAGACCAGCAACAUGGAACUGCCUGCAACGGAGUGCAAGUACGACCUCAACAGGACGUACUCAAUCUCCGACACGUACCAGCAGAUCCCCAACCAGAUCUUCGGCAUCGAGUACGGCGCCGGCAUCGCUAGCGGCGUCAUGGCCUUUGAAGAAGUCACCAUCGCAGGCGUCACCGUCCCCAAGCAGCGCGUCGCAAUCGCAAACAAGUCCACUCCCAUGGGCGACGGUGUCAACUCUGGUCUUAUCGGGCUGGGCUACCCAUCCAUCACAUCAGCGCACCCAGACAACACCACCGACAACUCGACCUACUGGUACCACCGGCUGCCAUACAAGCCCGUCCUCCCUAACAUGUGGGAGCAGGGGCUGAUCAAGGAGCCAUACUUUGCACACGCCCUGGCUCGCACCGCGCUCAGUGACUCCGGCCCUUCGUUCGGCGGAUACCUCUCGCUAGGCGAACUGCCCCCCGUCGCGCACGACGACAACUGGGCCGUGGCCCCGGUCGAGGUCAUGAAAGAGAUCCCGCUCAACUACACCUCGAACAAGCGCACGCUGUCAUACUGGGCAACAACGGUCACUGCCUCUCUCGGACAGAAUACAUCAAACACAGCGUCAGGAAAUGAUACCACUGCCGCCCCCUUCCAAGCCUUGUUCGACUCGGGCAACCCGCUCUCCUACAUCCCCGCCCGCAUCGCCGACCCCCUGAACAGUCUCUUCUCGCCGCCGGGGGUAUACAACGACGAGGCGAAGGCGUACAUCGUUUCAUGCGAUGCAAAGGCCCCGGAGUCGUUCAGCAUCACCCUGGGCGGACAAGUCUUCACGCACGACGGUGCAGACCUCAUCUACCAAACCGACGAGGGUGACGACGCGGUGUGUAUCUCGGCCAUUGGGAACAGUGAUAACAUCCGCCUGCUGCCGGGCCUGCAGCUGAAUGUGAUCGGCGUGCCGUUUCUCAGGAGCGUGGUGUCGGUGUUUGAUUUUGGGAAGAACGAGAUGCGGUUUGCAAAGUUGGUGGAGGAUGUUAUUGACAAUGGGGGCAGCUCAAGAGUUCCUGGUAAUGAUGGCGCAUGCGUUCCCUCGCGUUAG